CAUAACCAAGUUAUCAUCGUAGCAGGCAGUGCUUUGAAACAAUCGCGGAACGCGCACGCGACUGAAAAGGUCGACCAGAGUCGAAAGCGUUUCAAAAGCUCGUUACAGUUUUAUUCAGACGCAGAAGACUUGAUAUAGAUUCUCGGGUUCAGUGAGUGCCUGAGUUUAUUUGUUACUAUUUAUUUUGAUCUGAGGGCGGUGUUGCAGUACGAAACGCUGUCGUUGAGUGAUAAUUGCAAUAAAAACUUAUUUGUUUUACGGAAAAGUCGCUAGGUGGUGUUGGUGUGUAGAUUGGAGAACUUUCAGAGUUUUUUUGUUGCGACCCGAAGCGCCAGCAGGCCGGAAGAUCUAAUUAAUUCUCAUCUCGUCAAGCCGUCUAUUUUGAUCGAUGACCGGCCUGGCAAAAAUUAUCAGGCCACGGACGCCAAGCAGCAAACAAUCGCCUCUCGCUGAACUCCAUGAAAUCUAGUUGGCGCCGUCCCAACGCUCGCCGCCGUCCACAUCGAGUGGGCUAUGACGACGCGCGAAGUCCUGCUCGAAGGUGGUGCUCCGUGGGGUUUUCGCAUGCAUGGAGGAGCCGAUUCGGGACAGCAGUUGAGGAUUUCGAGG